ACUACUGAACCUGGCGGGCGUUAGGACCCAGAGGAGCCGCGGCGGGGAGACGGGCAGUCAUCAUGGCGGACCAAAACAAGACAGACGCCGGAGGGAGGUUCUACAGUGAAAUAUUAAGUCCGUCGGAGCUGUUUGCAGCCCGGUCCAGGAGUCACAAAAUCCCCGUCAGAGGACAGAAGGACUUCUUCCCCAGCGACUCAGACGAGCAGAGACGGCGGCUUGAGCAGAGUCUGGACGAGCACUGGAGCCUCAUAUCAGAGGAGAGAGUGGAGAGGCUAGGAAACCUGGUGAAGGCCACAUGGAUUCCAAGUGACCAGAUUGUGGAGCUUCAGUCUCCAGCUGGAAAGUUCUGGCAGACGAUGGGCUUCUCUGCUGAUGGGAAACAGUAUCUGCUCCCUGAAGAGGCUCUCUACCUGAUGCAGUGUGGAAACGUGCAGGUGUUUUACAAGGACUUGCCGCUGUCCAUUCAGGACGGUUAUGAGAGAUUUCUGUCGUCAGACACAGUGAGCCUCCAGCAGUAUCAGGUGUUUGGGCAUUUGAAGAGACUGGGCUAUGUGGUGCACAGGUUUGAUCCCAGUUUGGAGCCGUCGUCCUACGCGAGGCAGCUGAACCUGCCUCAGUCACGUGACAGAGCAGGGAGACAACUGAAGAGGAAACGCAGCACCAGCCCCACCCCAACAUCCAGUCGUACUGAAGAAUGCUCUGCUGGGAGAAUGGAGGAGGAUAACAGCAGCCAUGAAGGCAAGGAGGACAACAAACUUCCUGAGUCACACUUGACAACCUCUCCAGAGACUCCAGAGGUCCAGACUCCCAGCACAGGUGCAGCAGAUGAAGGCAGGGGCAGGACCUGGUGGACGACAGACGUUCUCGGGGACUCGGGUAAAGGUUCAGUUCACAGCCCCACCUCUGGUUCCUCCCGCUGGGACUUCAGCUCCAUCCCUUUCCCUGACCUGGGCUCCAGGGAGCAGCUGUCCAGCUGCCUGGCUUCUCCGGACCCCUCUCUGCUGCCGGGAGCUUUGGCCGUGGGAGUCUGUGACGUCGCCCCCUGGAGGGAGAGAAUAAACCUGCGGAAGUUGAAGAUGUCAGCAAAGGAGCAGAGGGAAGAAGACAAGCGAAGGCGACGGCGGGACGUCAACAAAGACAAAGAGGUUCAGCGGUGCAGAAACUGGGCAGAGUAUCAGGAGCUGCUGAGGAGGAGGCAGGGGAGACGUGAAGGUCGACCAGCACACCUGUGGAACAGAGAGGUCACUCCUUUACAUGACCCCACACAACCGGUCCCCACAGAUCAACUGCUGGAUAAAAUCAGUGUGAUCAAAUCUACAGACCUGCUCGAGGGGGCGUCCAGUUUAAAAGGCUCAGAUGAGUGGAGGAUUUGUUUCAAUGUUUACCAACCUGAUGCAGUGGCUGACUUCAAGAAGAGCAGCCCGGGGAAACCGUACUCCAGGAUGUGUGUGUGCAGUUUUGACGGUCCUGUUCCCGACCUGCGAGCGAUCAAGCUGCUGGCCUCCCAGAGCGGAGACGUCCCAGUGGUCUUUGCUGUGGUGGACCACGGAGACAUCUCCUUCUACACUUUCAAAGACUUCCAGCUGCCAAAGGACGUGUACCCCUGAGACCACGCUGCUCUCUAACCAUCGCUGUCAAACAUUCACCUUCACACACCCAGGCCUUUGAAUAAAUCUGCGUCUGUGGGACUGA